UGCGUCACGGUGCUGAACGUAAACAGUCCGGUCUGUUGGUCGACAGGUGAAGGUUGUGUGUGAUUCCUCCGUGUUUCAAUCCUCGUUUCUCUUCAUUUGUUUUCUCUAAAAGUUUAAUCUCAGAGGAAUGAGGCUGCUGUGGAGGACGCUGCAGACUGCGCAUGCUCAGAGGGAGCAGAGCCGCAGACACUUCUGGGGAUGGCUCAAUGCAGUCUUCAACAAGGUGGACUACGAGAGGAUCAAAUCCAUCGGUCCUGAUCGAGCUGCAGCGGAGUGGCUCCUGAGAUGUGGAGCCAAAGUCCGGUUUCAGGGUUUCGAGCGCUGGCAUCAGGACUACAACGGGCUGCCAACGGGGCCCCUGGGCCGAUACAAGAUCCAGGCCAUCGACGCCACCGAGUCCUGCAUCAUGUACCGAGGCUUUGACCACCUGGACGGUUUGGAACAUGUGGAGGAAAUAAAGCUGAUCAAAUGCGUGUACAUCGAGGACGCCUGCCUGGAGCGGCUGAGCGCCAUCCAGAACCUGCAGGACAGUCUGAACACGAUGGAGGUGGUGUCGUGUGGGAACGUGACGGAUAAGGGCGUCAUCGCUCUGCACAGACUCAGGAAUCUGGAGUCUCUAUUCCUCAGCGACCUUCCUGGCAUCAGUGACAGACAGACGACGCUGGACAGACUGCAGACGGCUCUGCCACGCCUCGACAUCACUCUGGACCUGGACUGAACGACAAACAUGGACGUUCUCUUUGAGGGUAAAGAAGGAUGCUUUAGAUUAAACGUGAAGAGGACUGAUGACAUGAGCGUCAUGAUGAACAGUAGGACGCUGUGAACGAGGUCGACUGAGCGAGGACGACUGAACGAUGGCGACUUAACGAGGGCGACUUAACGAGGGCGACUGAGCGAGGGCGACUGAGCGAGGGCGACUGAGCGAGGGCGACUUGACGAGGGCGACUGAGCGAGGGCGACUGAGCGAGGGCGACUGAGCGAGGGCGACUUGACGAGGGCGACUGAGCGAGGGCGACUGAGUGAGGGCGACUGAAUGAGGACGCUUCAGGUGAAAGGGGAAAUGAAGACACUACGUGUUCCUGACGGAGUGAACUGACAUUGAUUUAUUUGAACAUGAAAGUGUUACAUUUUAUUGCUCAUUAAAGAAACACAAAAACAA